UCCAGUAGCGUCCAGUUUCUUCGUAUCCAAGAUGGCGGACAAUUCUUGCAAAUUUUCACAUUCCCUUCUUAAUAAUGGAAUAUCGUUCUAUUUCAAGCAUCGUUUCUGGCCAAUAUUAAGAGACAGAGUAAUAGUGUAAUUAUUCUUUCACCAUGCCUAUUCUUGUCAAGGAUUUUACUUGGGAAGAGACAGAAUCGGCUGUGUUUAUUGACGUACCCUUGAAAGGCGUCGCGUCAAAUAAAGUUGACAUAUUCUCGUCGGGUCAAUAUUUGAAAGUAUGUAAAGCAUUUUCGUUGCAAUAUUUUAAACAGUUUUACUUCACUUAAUGGCUUAUAUUGAUAGCCAGUUAUUACUUUUCUAAAAAGUGGUAAACAUUUUAAAAUAUUGAUUGUAUACUAAGUAAUUAGUAUGUUAUAGUACUUCAAAGGAAUAAUUGUUCGAAUUUCGUCGAUAUUUGUACAGUCCUGUGAUUCCUGCUAGCCUACAUAUAAGCCUAUAUUAACUUUCUGUGUGGGCUAACAAGAAUCCACCAUAAGGAAAUUUCUGAGAUUUAAAAAAUAGUAAAUAUAGCUAAUUCAAUAGGAAAGUAUUUAGCCUUGACUAUAGAGCCUCAUUCUUGUGACAUAUCAGUUUGCCAAAGUUACAUUUACUCACAACGAUGAAUCGGCCGAUUGCAGGUUUAAGUUUUGCCGAAUGUUAAUGACAAAUGUUGUCAGUUGACGAUGUUGUCAGAUGACGUUGACAGCGUAUUUUUCAAAUAUUGCCCAUCUACAUGAUAUGACUAGUCAUAUACAAUUCUUAUGCUGGAAUAUGUACUAAAAUAAAGGUGUGUACAGGAAUUGUGGUGUCAGCAGUCGUUUUCAUAUGCAAGAAUGACAAUCGUAUACAACUAGUUGUAUCUUGUAAAUAGGCCUUCGGUGAAUUUAUCUCAAUUACCCAGGGAGUUUGUAUUUCUGAUACAACACAGAUGCAAGUAUUGUAGAUGACUUGUGUAACGUCUUGAUAAGAACAUUUGUAUUCUUCAACAAUUUAAAGUAAAUUAAUGAUAUUUGGUGAGAAAAUUGAACGUAAAGUUUUAAUUAAUGUUCAUCCGCAUGAUUUUGUUUCAGAUAUAUUUCAAAGUCACCUCGUGCAGGAAAUCUCGUAAACCUGUUUAGGUCAGGAUGAAAUUUUUUCAGUCAAAAUUUGGUUGAAAUUUUCUAAGCUAUUAGCCAAAAUUUUUUAAAGUCAAAUUUUUUGAGUUGAAAUUUUCAUAGCCUGCUUGCAGCCCGAAAUUUCGUUUUAUUUUCUGCUAUAAAUUUUUGGGUGGGGUCUACUGAGCAGGCUAAAAUUUUCAAAGUCAAAGUUUGAGUUAAAAUUUUGAAAAAAUUCCAGGUUAGUUAUCCGCCAUACAUGUUCGAAAUCUACCUCAAGGAGAAUAUAAAUGAAAGUGCCAGCAAAGCAACCAUUGCCGGUGGCCUUGUCAAAUUCAAGUUUGAAAAAUCGGAGCACGAAUUAUGGAACAGCUUGCAAGCAGCCGAGGUGGAGGAUAAGAAAUUCAUGGCAGCUGCUCGUCAGAAAGCUGUCGAAGACUCGCACAAAAAGGCAGAACUGUUGGCCGAACAGAAGGCGAAAGAAAAACGAGAGCAGGAAAGAUUUGCAUUGAGAGAACAAAUGAAAGUAAGUUCAUUAGAGGGUAAUUCACUAACAGAAUAGAGACCUUACUGAAGGUUGACUUCUUGGUUUUGCCUAUGAUUUUUGCCUUAGUUGCAACGCUCACUCAGUCACCAUCUUCCUAGCCAGUGCAGUUAUGAGAGGCAUUCACGCCCCUGAGAAUAUUGAAAAUUGCAGACGUGCAAAUGGAUGAAUGCCCCUUAUAACAGCACUGGCUAGCAACAUGACAACAGCAUUUUGAAGACAGAUCAUUGCAAAUUAUGGCACUGCAGCAGUAAUGCUUUGUUGGCUGAGUCAACCAUCUGUUUGUCUCUAUUCUGUGGUAAAGCCAAAGGUCCCCCCGACCUUUAGAAAUGUAGAGUACAAAUGUAGUUGCUGCCGCGGCAGCUUGUUCAUAAAUAUGGAAAUAUUUUUCAAAAAAAUUCUUUCCAGAUCAACAGAAGUCUUAUGCCUGUAUUCUAAAAGCCCACCCACACUGAAAGAGUGGAGGUUCAAUCUUAGCUUCCCUUGAGUUACAGUGCUGUUUUUGAAUAGCUGGAGGGUGAGUUGUCACAUAGUAAGGUACAACACUAACCCUCCAGCUAUUCAAAAACAGCACUGACACUCAACUACUCAAGGGAAGCUCAGAUUGAACGAACAAAGAGUGGAGCUCUUUGAGUGUGAGUGAGCUUUUAGAAUACAGGCAUUGUUUUCUAAAGUUCAGUUUGAAUAACACACAAAUUAACCAAAACAGCAGCCUAAAUUUUAACCCAGGGUUGGGUUAGUGCUGAUCCUGCUCUGAAUAAAUCCGCCCUUGUUAUCUCUGAUUUUAGAAAGAUGAGGAGGAAAAGCGAAAAAUUGAAGAAGCGAAAGAAAAUAUAAGAAAAAAUGCGGCUGAGAGUUUGGAAAGAUGGAAAGAAACAGAAUCGGAGAGAUACAAAACAGAGAAUGGUUUAGCCAAUCACGAGGAGAAUCAUUCAACCAAUCACAGUGGAGCUAUAUUUAGCCAUGACGAUGACGUUCAUGCUGACGACGAAGAUGACGAGCAUCUAAAUUUGCCCAAGGGGGUAAAAUUACAUGAUGGUAAAAAGUUGUCUGUCAAAGAUGAUAGCCCUAAAAAGUUCUCGAAAAAAGGUUAGUUAGUGGACCUAUUACCUAAUGAACAAAAUUUUUAUCUAGCAAGUCUAGACAAAAAUUUCACCACUGUUUGAAAGAGCAUCACAAAAUUAGUAAUAUUCCGAAGUUUCGUUGCGAAAUGUUGUAAAAUGCGGAUAAUAUAGCCCUGCGAAGUUUCCCGUUUUUCAGUCAUUUUGUAUUAAUACACACGGGAAAUUGAUACCGCUUUCUGAAAAAAGGUAUCAAUUUCCCGUGCGUGAUAGAGAAUGACUGAAAAACGGCAAACUUCGCAGGGCUAUAUUAUCCGCAUUUCACAACAUUUCGCAACGAAACUUCGGAACAUUACUAAUUUUGUGAUGCUCUUUCAAGCUGUGAUGAAAUUUGUGUCUAGACUUGUUUAGAUCAGAAUUUUGUUCAUUAGGUAUAAUAGGUCCAUUGAAAUCCCAUUGUCAAACUUUAGAAAAAUCGGACAAGUUUUUCCAACAACCAAUCAUCGCCCAUAUCAGGCCUAAGUUAGAUCUAAUAAAUGUAUAAAAUUCACUCGAAAUUUCCAUAGAUCUAUAAAACUCUUCUACAGUGUGUUUUGAACGGUAGUCAGUCUACGAUUGUCUCUCAGAAUUUUUUCCGAAUAUUAAAAUGUUAUUUUAGUUAAGAAGAAAAAGGACGUUCCCCCUCCCAGAUCAACUGGGACAAUCCAAGUCACGUUCUCACAUCGACCUUUCAAGACGCCGUCACGUGAGUCCAAAGCACCAGAAGAGGAAGAGGUAUGUAGUAUAUACACACACGUAAAAAUGCACAAGUUGUUACAGGUCUGCAAACAAGUUUUUACAAGUCUGUUCACGAGCUGUCGACAAGUUGUGUUCGCACUGCUUGUUCCCAGUUGUUGUAACAAGUUUGAAACAAGCAAGCUGUUAACAACUUGUAACAAGCUUGGUGCAGUUGGUGACAUCAGACUUGUUACAAGGUUGUUCUAACAAGUCUGAUACUGAGUCAUUAUGUAACAAGAAUGUUACAAGGUUGACGACACGAAGUUGUAACAAUAUUGUUAUAACAUGACUGUAUCGGACUUGUUGGAACAACCUUGCAACGUUGUUGCAACUUGUUAACAGCUUGUUCCAAACUUGUUGACAACUUGGGACAAGCAGUGCGAAACUUGUUGACGGCUUGUUGGCAGCCUUGCUACAAGAUGUGAGACUUUUCCGUGUGUAUAUCACUGUAUCUGUAGUGUUUUCGUCAAAGUGUUUUGUCAUAUGCUUGAAGAUUACCUACAAACAUCGUUCUAAUACCGUCCCCCCUCGGCAAUCCGGCAUCCCUGUUGAUAAAAAGGUCGCUUGCAUAAGCUCACUAUCAUUGUGGUGUUUAUUUUACAGUGGCUAGCAAAAAUAGCAGCUGCAGGACGAACAACCAAAACUGACAAUAGCGAUGCCGUCGAUAUGGAAGAAAUGAAUCCUCUUUGGCUAAAAGAUAAAGGAAGGUAAAUUAAUUAGCGCGUUUUUAUAUUCUAGACGGUUAGCGCAAAUAAUCAAGUUAGAUGUUUACAUAUAAGUUUGAGUUAGUUUGCCGAUGAGGAAUGUUAGUUUCUGAGCAUUUCCACUCCCAAGAAAAAUUUCCGCGGAGAAAAAAUUUUCCGAAAAUAUCAUUGUUAAAAGUUGAAAAUUUUGAACUUCAAAAUUUUUUCCGACGGGAAAAUCAAUUUUGACCAAUCACAUUUUACAAAUUUUUCUUUCUGCGGAAAAUUUUCCAGGGUAGAAAUGGGCCUUUAUGGUUUCAAAUUUCACCAUGUAGUUUUUGAAUUGUUUUUCAGUUCGUUCUACAAAAGUGGAAACUUUGUUGCAGCUAUCAAUGCAUUCACAGCUGCUAUCGUUUUGGAUGGAAAUAUACCAUCGUAUCCUUUUAUUUCAAAUUUUAGAAAUUUUUGUAUUAAUAUUAUUAUUAUUACGAGUCCAUAAGGGACCCUCAAAAAUUCGAAUGUUAAACACCGGUUGAAAUAUAUGGCGAAGUUUACCGGUAUCUUGUAUAACAACAAAUGUGAACGAAUUCAACCAAUAACAUGUGAAAAAUUUGUUUGUUAUAUAUUAUAAAAAUGCUGCUAAAAAUUAUGGGACCCAAA